AUGAUUCAAGCCACAGAACAUAGUAGAGAUUGGACUAUCAACAGUGGAGGCGAAGGAAAAACUCAUUGGGCACUCCAUCAAGAGUCUUCCUUCGAAGUAUUUGGAUUAAAUUGGCUGUCAGCAAACUGUUGGGGCCUUAACUACAAUAACAGUAAAUUAAUCUACAAAGCAGCGAUCGAGUCUGCCAUACUCUAUGCUGUCCCGGUCUGGCAAGAGGUGCUUAAUAAACAACAUACUUGCCACAAGCUUGCCUCUACCCAGAAAAAAUUCACAAUCAGGAUAUGCAAAGCCUACAGAAUGGCUCCUUCAAAUGCACUUCUGGUCAUGGCGGAUGUUCCCCCUAUUCACAUCCAGUUGGUCCACAACAUUCAUAAAUAUGGCGUGGACAGGACUCUAAAGAGGGACAAGCACAGCCAACAUCCGUCCGACGAUCUAGGCUACACCAUCAACUGGGACUUCGACAACGUUCAAAAUCUUAAGGCUAAUUGGACCAUCUACACUGAUGGUUCCAGCAAUGACACAGGCAAUGGUUCUGGCUUUGUCAUUAUCAACUCUAAAGGGAGGACUUGCUACCAGGCUUACCAUAAGCUGGCUCCCCACUGCUCCAUCUCCCAAGCAGAGAUGUGGGCCAUCCUGAAAGCCAUCAUUCACAUCACGAAUAACAUUAGUCAAUUCAAAGGGGAAAUCCUUAUUUUAACAGACAGCAGAAUGGUGCUCCAUACCCUCCACGAGAACAACCGCCUUACAAGGUUUGCUGCCAGAAUGUUAUCAGCAGCAGAAGACCUUCGAUCAAGUCACACUCUACAAUUUAGUUGGAUCCCUUCGCACAGUGGCAUCAAAGGAAAUGAAACAGCGGACAAGUUGGCUAAAAUCGGCAGCAGAUCUUUGUGUCAUCACUCAUUCGACAGAAUUCCUCAAUCCACAUUGAAGAAUCACCUUUGGGACUUUGCCGAGGCCCUUUGGCAGCAGGAGUGGUCUUCUGCUAACACAGGAAGAAACUGUUUUAAAUUUAUCCUGAAUAUCCUCACUACACUCCAAGAAGAACGCCAAGCAUUACACUCCAGAAGCGGACACAUCUCAAAUCCUCACCAGUCAUGGUAA